ACAACGAGAGACGACUCACUGUCAAGUGUCAAAAAAAGUAUUGACAUGUGUUUAUUUGUUGCAAUAUAUUUUUUCAUAAUGCAAAAUUAUACCGGAAUGUGAAAAAAGUAACUAUGGAAAGAAAAUAGAUAGUGCUUCAGAGAAUAAUGUGUUUAUUAUUUAAUUAUUUGAUAGGAGGAAGACUAUUAAACCCUCCUUGUAUUCGAACAAUAAUCUUAUAACUUUAGGCUAUGUUUCGUUAUUUAAAGAUACUUCGAAUUCUGUGAAAUAAGUAUAAUAUUCGAAGAUUUUGAAAAACUAACCUAAAAAAAGUGUUUAUUUUCUUUUAUCAGUAUAUAAUUAAAUCGAUGAAAUAUCAAUAAAAUGGCAAGUUCUGAGGAUGUUUUGGAAGGUUUUUUGUGCCCAAUUUGUAUGACUGAUUUGAAAACUCCACAUCAAUUAACGAAACACUUCGAAGAAUUUCAUAACGAUGAUCCGGAAAUUCUAAAAUCUUUGAAAGAUCUUUUUGGAAAGGCCAAGAAGAAAAUCCUCAAACAAAAUGAAGUCUCAGAGAGUUUUUCUGUUCCACUGUUUGAUAAUAAAAAAUAUAAAGAAAUUGAUUGGGGAGAGCAAGAAAUAGGUUUUAUUACUAGCCAUACACAAUACUUCAAGGAAAUAAGAAAUGUAAGGCUGGAAAGGUAUUCCUCGGAAACAAACAAACUUCUUAUAAGACUGGACAAGUUGUUGAACAACUUACCCUCUGACCCUAAUGAUAGAAAAGUUCACGAACGUGCAAUUGUUCCCUGGAUCGAUGACAAAGACGUUAGAUUAUGUCCCACUUGUGCCCGAAGUUUCCACGUAGCUAGAAGAAAGCAUCACUGCAGAUUAUGUGGCGCAGUAAUGUGUCACGAUUGUACUGUUUUUCUUUCAAUAUUAGACGCACGAAGAAUGACUAGUCCAGCUUCAGUACAAGACGAUUCCGCUCUCUCACCAGUUUCCCCAGACUCUUCUUUCACAGGUCGUUUUGUGCAAACAAGCAUAGGAAUUACAAAACUAGUUCGAUCGCCCUCAAGCUCUAGUCUAAAUAAUGUCCUUUCCCUAAUCAGCGAUUCGUCCAGCAACGAGCACAAUUUUCGACUUUGCUUUCACUGCAAAAAUCUUCUCGAUGCCAGAGAAAAAUUAAAAGCGAGGCAGUUCGAUAAACCGAUAAUCUAUCCAUUCUACGAAAAAAUGAGAUCUUACAUGGCCGAGGCGAAGCGACAUCUCGAAAUGUACAACAAAAUGUAUCAGUCGUUAAGCAAUGGUGAGACCACUUACGAAUUACGAGACGCGCAAGUUUUGCGAAUGAAAAUCGCAAAAAUAGGAGAAAAUGUAGAUAACAUUAGUAAAAGAAUAUUAACAAUGGGUUUAACCGAUGCGAAUGACGCAAAUCAGCAGCAGGAACGAAAGCUUCGCGAAAUGGUCCGUUCAGCGACUGUAAUUUUCGUGAAAGAACAACUUGUGGGCAUGUCGUCUUUGCCUUCCGAGGAAGAGUACGCGGAAUUAAAAGAAAAAAGGCAGGAGAGAAUCGAGGUCAGAAUCGCCUACGAGAGACAGUUAGAAUUUGAGAGCGAGCAGAGAGAAAAACGGAAAGAUUUGCAAAAGGAUGUUUGGAAUUCGCAGGCCGAUCCUUCCAACUCAAACCAGUUGAUUCUGGAUAAAUCGCAAGGCUGGGGCUCUUCAGGUGCAUCUGUAAUGAUUUCGUCAACGAAAUCAUCAAUGGAUCCGAUUAUAGAACAAAUGAGCAAUUUGCGGGCUUACAUAAAACAAGCAAGAGAUGAUUGCAAAUAUGACGAAGUCGCGACUCUCGAAAAAAAUUUGAAGGAACUUCAAAGCGCCUAUUUUGUUUUGCAACAAAACAAAAGCAGUGAUUCUUAGUUGCUGCUUUUUAUUAACACAGUGGCCUAGUCCGUUUAUUAAAAAAAGAGACCGUUUUCUGGUAAUUUCGUCCAUCCCUUUUUUCAGUUUCGCCAAUCAAAUUUCCAACUUUUACUCAAUUAAGCAGGUUCAAUUGCCGCAUUGUUUAUUGUCGAAUUUUAGAGAUAUUGUUAAAUAAUUUGAAAAAAAAUGGGUCUAGAGUUGCAUCAAAGAUAAGAAGAGUACCUUAGAAAUCUAAAUAAAAAAAUAAUAUAUAAUAUAGAA